CAGUCCCCACCCCGGGCCCCGGCCCCGCGCGCCCCGGCCCGGCCCCGCGAGGUCUCGGCGCGGAAAAUGGCCGGCGGCGUGGACGGCCCCAUCGGGAUCCCGUUCCCCGACCACAGCAGCGACAUCCUGAGCGGGCUGAACGAGCAGCGGACACAGGGCCUGCUGUGUGACGUGGUGAUCCUGGUGGAGGGUCGAGAGUUCCCCACGCACCGCUCAGUGCUGGCGGCCUGCAGCCAGUACUUUAAGAAGCUGUUUACGUCGGGCGCCGUAGUAGACCAGCAGAACGUGUACGAGAUCGACUUUGUCAGCGCUGAAGCACUCACCGCCCUGGUGGACUUCGCCUACACGGCUACGCUCACCGUCAGCACGGCCAACGUGGGUGAUAUCCUCAGUGCUGCCCGCCUGCUCGAGAUCCCUGCCGUCAGCCACGUCUGCGCCGACCUCCUCGACCGACAGAUCCUAGCCACGGAUGCCAGCACCGACGCCGGGCAGCUGGACCUCGUAGAUCAAAUUGAUCAACGCAACCUCCUGCGUGCCAAGGAGUACCUUGAGUUCUUCCAGAGCAACCCUAUCAACAACCUGCCCCCCGCUGCCGCCGCCGCUGCCGCCGCCUUCCCCUGGUCAGCCUUCGGUGCCUCCGACGAUGACCUGGACGCCACCAAGGAGGCCGUGGCUGCUGUGGCGGCUGCUGUGGCCGCCGGCGACUGCAAUGGCUUGGACUUCUAUGGACCAGGCCCCCCGGGCGAGCGGCCCCCAGCGGGCGAGGGAGACGAGGGUGACAGCAACCCGGGCCUGUGGCCGGAGCGGGAUGAGGAUGCUGCGGCCGCCACCACUGGUGGCCUGUUCCCUCCUCCGACAGCCACACAGAAUGGCCACUAUGGCCGGGCCGGGGAAGAGGAGGCAGCCUCGCUGUCGGAGGCAGCCCCCGAUCCAGGCGACUCUCCGGGCUUCCUGUCGGGCACUGCCGAGGGCGAGGACGGUGAUGGGCCGGACGUGGACGGCCUGGCGGCCAGCACGUUGCUGCAGCAGAUGAUGUCAUCGGUGGGCCGGGCAGGGACCACGGCAGCGGGGACAGCGGACAGCGAUGAGGAGUCGCGGGCAGAGGACAAGGGCGUCAUGGACUACUACCUGAAGUACUUCAGUAGCGCCCAUGACGGCGACGUGUACCCGGCCUGGUCCCAGAAGGUGGAGAAGAAGAUCCGGGCCAAGGCCUUCCAGAAGUGCCCCAUCUGUGAGAAGGUCAUUCAGGGCGCUGGUAAGCUGCCACGGCACAUCCGGACCCACACAGGGGAAAAGCCCUACGAGUGCAGCAUCUGCAAGGUCCGCUUCACCAGGCAGGACAAGCUUAAGGUGCACAUGCGGAAACACACGGGCGAGAAGCCGUAUCUGUGCCAGCAAUGCGGGGCGGCCUUCGCCCACAACUACGACCUGAAGAACCACAUGCGCGUGCACACGGGCCUGCGCCCCUACCAGUGCGACAGCUGCUGCAAGACCUUCGUGCGCUCCGAUCACCUCCACAGACACCUCAAGAAGGACGGCUGCAAUGGGGUGCCCUCGCGCCGCGGCCGCAAGCCCCGCGUCCGGGGCGGGGCGCUCAGCGCAGGCGGCGGGCCCGACCCCACCACCGCGGGAGGCCCCGCACCCCCUGGCACCCCGGCGCCCCCCGGCUCCCCCGACGGUCGGCGCAACGGUCAGGAGAAGCACUUUAAGGACGAGGAGGAGGACGAGGAGGAGGUGGGCACCGAUGGCGUGGGCCCGUUGAAUGUAGCAGGUGGUGGCGAUGGCGGAGGAGGUGGCGGGGGAACCGCUGACGGUACCUUCACGGCCGGACUCGCCUAAAAACCAAAAAAAAAAAAAAAAACCAGAAACCCGAGA